AUGCCUCGUGCUCCAAGAACUUACUCAAAGACUUACUCUGUCCCAAAAAAUCCUUAUGAAUCUGCUAGAUUAGACUGGGAAUUAAAAUUAGCUGGUGAAUACGGUUUAAAAAACAAAAGAGAAAUCUACAGAAUUGGAUUCCAAUUAUCUAAAAUUAGAAGAGCUGCUCGUGAUUUAUUAACCAGAGAUGAAAGAGAUCCAAAGAGAUUAUUCGAAGGUAAUGCUUUAAUCAGAAGAUUAGUGAGAAUUGGUGUUUUAUCAGAAGAUAAAAUGAAAUUAGAUUAUGUUUUAGCUUUAAACAUUGAAGAUUUCUUAGAAAGAAGAUUACAAACCCAAGUUUUCAAAUUAGGUUUAGCUAGAUCAAUCCACCACGCUAGAGUUUUAAUUUCUCAAAGACACAUUGCUGUUGGUAAACAAGUUGUUAACAUCCCAUCAUUCAUGGUCAGAUUAGAUUCCCAAAAACACAUUGACUUUGCUCACAACUCCCCAUACGGUGGUGGUAGAGCUGGUAGAGUUAAAAGAAAAAACCAAGGUAAAGGUGGUGAAGAAGGUGAAGCUGAAGAAGAAGAAUAG